ACAAACAUUCUCUCUCUCUCUCUCUCUCUCUCUCUCUCUCUCUCUCUUGAAUAUCAGUGUUUUGUGGUUUCUGAGGAUAAGGAAGAAAUCUGGGAGGCGGGAGCAUUGUUUUUCCAUUCACUGUAAGCAUUGUUUUUCUCGUUAGAAAUGGAAUCUUUUUCUUGAUUUCAUAUCCGAUCUGCUUCAAUUCAUGCUUUUAGAUUCUUCUAAAUCUAUGUACAUGUGUUUGGAGUGAACUAACUCAUCGACCCAGAAUUUCUCUGCAUUUUCUUGAUGAGAUCACAUGUUUCCCUUCUCCUUGUGUAAAUCUGGGCAAGUCAAGAUAAACCAUGGAGCAGGCAGUAAAAAUUUCUUAAUCCCGCCAAUCAGCUGUUUAUUGGAAAAAAUAUCUGGUUUACUUUUGUUAAUCUUUAGUAAUUCUUUGCAUCAAAGAUCAUAUUUUUAAUUUUAUUCACUCAUGGAUUUGAAUUGAAUCUGAUCUGGAAACAGGUGGGGAGAAGAAGUUGCAGAGUGAAGAACAGCAUGCGGUGGUACAGUCUUUCAGUUGAUGUGUUUAGGAAAGUCAUCUUCUUGAAUUUGUACUGCCGCGUAAUUCUGUAACAAUUUCACCCCCACCUUCACAUCCAUAGCUUGAUUUUCUUACCUUAUAACUCUUUUUUUUUUACCCUUGACAAAAUAUCAUCUUGUUAGCCUUCAUUCGUUCAUUCAUUCAAUGGGUUCGACUCGUUUCAUUGUCAUUCCCUGCUACGUCCGCCGGAUCAGCUGAAUUUUUAUCAUCUUCUGUGUCAGUGUGUCGUUAUUAAUCCUUUCAAAUCAAUAUCUGGUUUAGUAUUUUGGGAUCUUUUGAUUUUGUGUGUGGGGAAGGGGGAAGGGGUUUGGGGAAGAAGAAGUUAUGGUGUGCCAAGCAGCGAGCCAGACGAGAUUCAGGGCUUUGAAACAUGAAAAUGGAGUUGCAGGGAGUUCCACCAUUAUAGUUAGAGUCAUAGCUUGCUUUCAACCACUCCAAGAUUGCCAGGCUGAAUAUUUUCGUCACCUGCUGAAACCUGUCACGUAGAUUAGUUGAUUUUCUUGCCCCUUUCUUUCUCAAGUUAAGCUGAAGAUCUCUCAUUUUUUAGCAUUUCUUCUUCUUCUUCUUCUUCUUUGUUAUUUCUCAAAAACAACACAAGCUAUAUUCAGCAAGUUCUAGUACUGGUGGUGGGAUUUCUUGAAUUGAAUGGAAAAGGAUUUUGAUCCUCAGUUCCCUCGACGCUGGGACCCACAUAUCCAGAAUUUUCCUGCCAUGGCAUACCGUCCUAAUAACUUGCUUCUCAACAGUUUGCCUUCUUCUUUCCAUCCAUCACUGGGACCUACAACUGAAGAGGAAGGUCCCGUUUGGGCGAAUCUGAAUCCUGAAACUGCCCAUGGAGAUGCCCGAAGGAAAUUUCUUGUUUUUGAUCAAUCGGGCAACCAAACGAGGCUAGUCUACAGUUCUUCUGCAAAUGCAAGCUGGCUUCUGAAACCCUCAACAGCACCCAGUGAUCCAACCCCUUUUCUUGGCGACGAAUGCGUCCAAGAGAACAAUGAGGGAAUGGAAAUGCAUCAAGAAGACUCUGAAGAGCUAGACGCUCUUCUCUACUCUGACGAUUCUGAUUCUGAUUCUGAUUCUGAUUCCUCUGGUGAUGAAGUCAUAAGCUCGGGACAUUCUCCGAGUAACCAUGGCAAUAAGCCGGGAGAGGAGGGGCCCACCAAAAGGCAAAAACUUCUCGAGGGUCGUUAUGCCCCGUUUGGGCGCUCCGAAUUAGAGGAUGACGCGGAAUCAAGCUGUGGGACUACCAACAACUGCAGGAAAAGAUCAAAAAAGGAGAAAAUACGCAAAACGUUGUGCGUUUUGCAGAAUAUUGUCCCAGGAGGAAAGGGAAAAGGCGCAAUGGGAGUUAUUGAUGAAACAAUCCGAUACCUGAAAAGCCUCAAGGUUGAAGCUGAGUCCUUGAGGCUUGAUGCUCUAUAAUAUCUGUUCCUUAUCCCAGAAAACCCCAAGGAUGGAGUUCAUCUUUAUCUUUUUCUUUCUUUCUAAUAACAAUAACAAUUUCUUGGUGCAUCCAAAAGUGGCAAUAAUAAGAACGACAAUCACAGUAGGUACUUAACGGGGUUACGCUACAACCAAAUUGCGAAUGACACUGAGAUUGACACCGUCGGUGUCAAUCUGAGUGUGUAUCACAGAUAACAAGUGCCUCAUGAACAUUCUUGGUUGCACAUGGUUGUCUAUGGUGUUAUAAUUCUUCUUGUUUGUGGGUUUAACUGUUUAUCCACCAUGCCAUUGGGAGCUAAGAAAUGUACAGUGGAUCUUUCAUGG